AGGUCACAAUUACCAGCACUGGCGUUGUAUGUCCACAAAUUCGUGGCAAAAUUGUUUUAAGCUUUAAAUUCGGAAAGAUCACGAACCAGGCAAUGCAUGAUUCCGUGAAGAAGUCGGUGAACCUGACCACCGGCUCGACUAGCACCGCAGAGAAGCUGUGUUUCGAUAAGAAUGAGUUUAUGAAGGCAAACUUCUCGGUGGACGAGUUCCUGCACAAGAAUCGGAAUGCACCCAGCCUGGAGCAGUUGCGCGACAACCUUGGCCUUUACUUAAAGGGUCUGCGGGCUGCGAUGAUCGAUUUAAUUAAUGAGGACUACGCGGAUUUUGUAAAUCUAAGCGCCAACCUGGUGGGCCUGGAUCAGUCCAUAGAGAGCAUUCAGCGGCCGCUGGAGCAGUUCCGCAGUGACAUCGAGAGCAUCCAUGGCCUAAUAGAAGAAAAUGUGUCGGAACUGCGAGCACAACUGGAAGAGAAGCGAAAGCUGCGCGAAUUCAAGCGCGGUCUUCAGAGCUUAAAAAAGGUCUAUGAGACCAUCAGCAAGCUCCAGGAUCUAAUUGACCGCAAGCUCAGUGGAGAGCAGCCUGUCAAGGCGGUAGACCUCGAGCGAGCUGCCCUGGACUUGAUUCAGUUGAAAUUUCACGAGAAGCACUGCUCUAAGCACUUGAACUCCGAACAACUGGCAAAAAUCCAGCAGCUUGACGAACAGCUGCAUCAGCAUCUGCGACGCUUCUUUAAUGACGCUCUUAACCAGGCUCGAAACUCAGCCCCAGAGUCCUUAGAGCGCUGUCUCCGCAUUUACAUAACCCUGAAUGCCUGUGGACAGGCAGAGCGAGUUUUUCGCGAGGACAUUGUGGCACCCUACAUGACUGGCGUCAUCGGAGAGCAGCAAUUGCAGAAUUCGCCCCAGGGCCUGGCUGGCAUUUAUAGCAAAAUACUCAACUUUAUUUCGCUGCACAUGACAGACCUUCUGCGACUUACGCUAUAUUCCGACAAGUUUCCCGGCUUCAACUUUGUGGUGAACAGCUAUUGGUCCGACGUAGAGACGCGACUAGAACUUCACAUGAAUUCCAUAUUCGCUCCCGGCAACUCUGAAGUGUUCUAUGUCAAAUACAAGUGCACACGGGACUUUCUGGGCAAAAUAGAAGAGCUGUUGACCAGCUCUGGAGAACAAGCGGUGGCUCUGUAUCGCCAGCACAAGCAAACGAAGAGCUUCGAGGCCCGCUGGAAUCUCCCUGUUUACUUCCAAAUAUGCUUCCAGGAAAUUGCUGGUCAAUUUGAAGCCAAAUUGGAGCCUGUGCUUCAAGAUGAUACUUUAAAAAACAAUCUCGGAGAAAAUGACUAUAAACUAACGCCAUUCAAUGCCGCCAAGGAAGCCAUAACUCGGUGCUGGGCCGAGGGAGUUUACUUGCCUGAGGUGUUUCCGAAAUUCUACAAGUUAAAUGUACAAAUAGUACUACGACUUUCUCGCUGGAUUACGAAUGCUAUCGCUGUCUCGAAAGGCAGCAAUUUUUCAAAGUCCUACACCCGACACCAAUUGCUUACUGCCCUGCACGCAGAUAUUCGCAAACUUGACGCAUAUCUGCCAGAGCUUCAGCAGCUGAUUGUUCAAUCUGUGCCCGUGGAGCAGCGAACAAAGACUUUCAAUGAUGUCCUGGUCAAAUCUAUCGCAGCCUUGGCUGACACUUUAGGAGGGCACUUGAGUGCUAUACAAAAAACAUUGGUAGAUCUGCUGAUCAGUGAAUGCGAGACGGAAAAUGUGCGACAGGUGAAUGACUUGCCACGAUUGUAUCGCAAAACCAAUCGAGAAGUUCCUUCCCGCUGCUCGGGUUACGUGGAUCAAAUGCUUCGGCCGCUUAAAGCUUUCGCCCAGCAGCAUGAAUCCCAACUGGGAACUCUAGUGGUGGAGCAAAUCCUAUCGGAGGUCGCCAGUCACAUUACCAAGGCAUACUUCAAUGUGGUAAGUGAUGUGCUCACAUCGGUGCAAAAAACCGAAGAGUCCCUGCGCCGACUGCGAAACGUGAAGAGUGGCGGAGCCGCACCGGCAUCUGCAGGAAAUUCAGCUGUGAUGUCCGACGAUGAUAAGAUACGCGUCCAACUGCGAGUAGAUGUGACAUCGUGGAAAAAGGAGCUCGGCAAACUUAACUUCCAACCUACGCAGAUUGAAAAGCUGGUUGAGCUGACCAACAUGGUCGAGGACAGCAUAAAGCUAAAGGAUAACAGUGCUUAGACGCUUGCAACGAACAGUUAUUAAACAUAUACACUUCACUUUA